AUGGCAGGGUAUACCUUUGUAGUCGAGCAUCUGGAUCCAGAACUGGGGCCAUGGUCGGCCUUGGAAUACAAGACCAUCGCGCAAGAGUCGAAAAAUGCUGGAUGUAGAUUUAUCCUCUCAUCAGUGCCUGAAUCCCUGCUACAGUCUCAAGAUCUGCAAAUCCUGCACGAUGCUGGUGCAGAAGGACGAAACGAUAGUAUAGAGGAAUACUUUGCCGACCGUAAGGAUCGAAUAUGUCUUCUUGAUCCAGCUGCAAAACAAGAACUCGACACAACUGAUGCCAACCAAUUUGAUGUCUUCCUAUUUGGUGGAAUCUUAGGUGACGACCCUCCAAGAGACCGCACAAGCGAAUUGCGGAAGAAAGGCUUCACUGGACGACGACUCGGCCCCAAGCAGAUGACAACCGAUACUGCUGUCCGGGUGACGCGGAUGGUGGUCCUUGACAAAGUCCCCUUGGACCAAAUCCCAUCUGUCGACUUUCCCGAGUUGAAGCUCAACGAACAUGAAACCACCGAGAUGCCCUUUCGCUACGUCACAGACAGCACAGGAAAACCCAUCAUGCCCGAGGGUAUGAUUGAUCUGAUCAAAGCAGAUGCAGACAAGGCUUUCGACGGCCUCGAUUUUGUGGAUGAAGUCGACGGUAUGGAGAACCUUGCGGUUGAUAAAUCCUGA